AUGGAGCCUCCCACCAGUCGUUUGGAAUGGAAGAAACUGGCCGAUACAUAUGGCUCCCCGUUUCAAACUAUUCACCAGCUUGAUAGCCUUAAAUCUGGAUCUAAAAUCGGACAGCAGCAGUUCCUCGCCCUUCGCGUCAUUUGGAAAAAUAAAAAAGCGUUUGACGUCAAGUACGGCCGCGACUGGGGUUUGCCCCUAGGGGGCGCCAUGUCAAACUUGAUGGCUGUGCGGGGAUGGAGGGAAUACUGUCAAACUGUACAAACUUCAGGGCUUGGGGACAAGCCGGAGUUUGGCAGAUUCGAUCUGCUAUGGUCUUUUCAGAAGCAGGUGAAUCGGAUAACCCAUUCUUCGCCCGGCUCAGACAAGAUAUCAUCACCCCCUAUUUCUUCGAGAACGAGGCAGGGCAUUGCUUCGAGACCGAACAUAUCUGCCGACCAGCCAUCCUCCAGUACGAACCCCUUUAGCACUCCGGGGCCCACCACUGGCACGCGACAGCCCUUCAAAAUCUCGUCUAGACUUGACGCGUUUCCCAUACCAAGUCCAUCUCAGAUGCCACAGACUCCGACUAAAGCAACGAUACCAAGCAGCGGAUGGGAUGAAUUGAGCGAUGAAGAUGACGACGGUAGCCCCAUGGAUGGUGUCGUCACGGAUAGACUGUCUCCAGCGUCGGCUUCUGAAAGUUACCAGUAUCCUCCUGCAGAUGAUGAGCAAACGGUCAACACAGCUCUCAUCCUAGCCCUGAAUGCAGUUUGCCUUAGCCAACAUGACCUUAUAGGUUUCCCAUGGUCUCUGGAGCGUAAAGCAUUCACGUUUAAAACCACGGAAAAGCUCUACGAAGCUAGGACUGACGGUCACCUCAGAUUCCAAAAGGGCAAAAUGAAUAUCUCUUUGGCUAUAUUGGAAGUCAAGGCAGGUUUACGAUCGAUUACACUACCUCACGCGCAAGAAAGUGCUCAGAUGGCAGCAUGGAUACAUGCGGAGCCUGAUGUGAAACGAACAAGAGACGGUAUUUAUAGGCGAUUGAUGAUUUCCCAGGAUCGUCAUGAAGUAUAUAUCAUCAUUGCUGAGUAUGAUGAUGAAUACGUGCACUACUUGAACACCGGGAUAUAUAACGACAAAGUAUUCAUGACCAUGCAUGAGCUGGGUCCAUUUGGACCGGAAGAUGAUGGCCAUAUGGAUAUAUUGGGUUCGUGUCUUCAAUCGUUUACAUCAAAACUGUUAGAGAAUGCGCAUCAGGGCAACCCAUUCCGAUGGUGA